UUAGUCGUAAAAUUAUUCUUAUUAAAGAAUCCAUCAAAAGCCAUUCCGCUUGGUACAAAUGCUGCUAUUGGUUUUACGUCAUCUAUUUAUCUUAUUUUUUGUAUUAUAUCAGGAUGUACAACACGUCGAGAAGUAUUUUUGGAUUAUUAUGAACGACGAAAUGGAAGUCUUAUACAAAUAAUUAAUUGUUCAUUAGAUACAAAUGAUAGUGAUUGUAAAUCUGGUUUAAUUUAUAAUUAUCAAGCAAUGAGAAUGAUAUCUGCAUUUGGACCAAUUAUUAUUGCGGGAAUUUUUGCUGCAACAUUAUCCAGUGCUUUAGCAAGUCUUGUUGGUGCACCAAAAGUAUUGCAAGCUGUUUGUCGUGAUAUGAUAUUUCCUAGUUUAAAAUAUUUUUCUGUUGGUAGUGGAAAAUCUGAUGAACCACAUCGAGCUUAUUUUCUAACAUAUUUUAUUGCUGUUUUAUUUACUGCAAUUGGACAAUUAAAUCAUGUUGCACCAAUCAUAUCAAAUUUUUUUCUUAUGACUUAUGCUUUAGUUAAUUAUUCAUGUUUUGAUGCUUCAUUAGCUAAAGCUAGUGGUUGGCGGCCAGCUUUUCGAUAUUAUAAUAAAUGGUUAGCAUUAAUUGGUGCAUUAUUAUGUGUUGGAAUUAUGUUUAUUAUUAAUCGAUACACAGCUUUAGUAACGUUAGUUAUUACUUAUGGAAUUUUUCUAUAUGUUCGAACAAAAAAACCUGAAGUCAAUUGGGGUUCAUCUGUUCAAGCUCAUACAUAUCGAAGAGCACUUGAUGCAACAUUAAAAUUAGGUAGUGUACAAGAACAUGUAAAAAAUUUUCGACCACAAAUGUUAGUUUUAACUGGAAAUCCAAUUUAUCGUCCAGCAUUAGUUGAUCUUGCUUCAUUAGUAACUCAUGGUCAUAGUUUAAUGAUUUGUGGUAAUGUUAUUUUGGAUGAUCCAUCAGUAAAUAUAAAAUUAUAUGAACAAAAAGAUAGUGGUGAAUUAUGGUUAAAAAAACGAAAUUCGAAAGCUUUUUAUCAACCUGUUGUUGCACCAACUGUUCGACAAGGCACAAUGGGAUUGUUACAAUGUGUAGGCGUUGGUAAAAUGCGUCCAAAUGUUGUCUUUCUUGGUUUUAAAAAUGAUUGGUUAACAAAACCACAAUUAACUUUUGAUUAUUUUAAUAUAAUUCAUGAUGCACUUGAUCUUAGUUAUGGUGUUGGAAUUUUACGUCUUCAAGCAGGACUUGAUUUUAGUGAUUUUUUUGAAUCAGAUUUACCCGAAGAUCAAGAUGAUGAUGAAGAUAGUGAUGAUGAAGAAAAAAAUGAAGUAUUUAUUUCAUCAAGUCCAUUACGUCGUUGUUCAAAAUCUUCUAUACCACAUCAAACAAAUGUUUUAAUGUUAAAAAAUACAAUAUUAAAUAAAGGUGCUUUAUUAACAAUGAAUGUAUUUCAAUCAAAAUAUUCAUCAUCACCUAUAAUUGAUGUUUGGUGGUUAUUUGAUGAUGGUGGUUUAGCAUUAUUAUUACCUUAUUUAUUACGACGACGAAAACGAUGGCGUCAUUGUCAAUUUCGUAUAUUUUCAUGUGUAUCAGGUGAAAAAAUCGAUGCUGAAAAACAACAUUUAUCAAUGGCAUCAUUAUUAAAAAAAUUUCGAAUAAAUUAUUCCGAUUUACAUGUUCUUCAUGGUCUUAAUAAAGCCCCAAAUGAAUAUGAAACAGAAAAAUUUAAUCGAAUUUUACAAACAUGGAAUCAAAAUGAUGAUAUAUAUCGUAUAACUGAUAGUGAAUAUGAAUUAAAUAAAGAUAAAAUAAAACGUGGUUUAAAAUUACAUGAAUAUUUAUUAGAAUAUAGUUCAAAAUCUACACUUAUUGUUGUUACAUUACCAAUUCCACGUAAACAAUUGAUAUCAGCUGGUCUAUAUCUUGCUUAUUUAGAUGCAAUUAGUUAUAACUUACCACCAGUUUUAUUUUUACGUGGUAAUCAAAAAAAUGUUCUUACUUAUUAUUCAUAA